AUAGUUGCUUGACCUGGUUCAGUCAUUCUAAUGAAUUAGGGUUUUGAUUUCAGAUACACGGAAAACCUCAAAAUGGAUGUCUCGGCUGCUCGAAAUGUUCCUUCCAAACGCAAGAGAGACAUCUCCGACGAUGAUAACGCCGUCGACCUCUCUAUCCUCGAAGCGGUGGAGAAGUCUCAAAACACCAUUGAAGUACUGGACAUGAAAACGCUCAGAAGACUCGUGCUUGCCUUCGAACGCCGUCUCAAGGACAAUAUUGAGGCUCGCCUCAAGUAUCCCGACCAACCUGAGAAAUUUGCCGAUUCUGAGAUCGAGCUACACGAGGAGAUCGAAAAACUCAAGAUCCUUGCCGGAGGACCUGAACUUUAUCCUGAACUCGUCAACUUAAACGCGGUUCCUUCAAUUCUCGGCCUACUGAAUCACGAUAAUACCGAUAUAGCCAUAGACGUUGUUGGCUUGCUGCAAGACCUAACAGACGAGGACGUUUUGGAAGAUAACGACGAGCCUGCUCAAGUUCUUGUCGAUGCGUUGGUCGAGAAUAAUGUGCUGGAAUUGCUUGUCCAGAACUUACUUAGAUUGUCAGAGAACGAUCCGGAUGAGAUGGCGGCAGUGUACAAUACUCUAGCAACGAUUGAGAAUAUGAUUGAAGUUAAACCGGUGGUAGCAGAGAUAGUUUGCGAGAGGACUAAAUUGAUGAGGUGGUUGUUAGGGAAGAUUAAGAUUAGGGAGUUCGAUGGUAAUAAACAGUAUGCUUCAGAGAUAUUAGCAAUUUUGCUGCAGAAUAGCACUGCAAAUCAGAAGAGGUUAGGGCAGAUGAACGGCGUCGAUGUGAUGUUACAGGCGGUGGCGAUGUACAAGUCACGCGAUCCGAAGACGCAAGAUGAGGAGGAGAUGGUGGAGAAUUUGUUUGAUUGCUUGUGUUGCCUGUUGAUGCCUUUGGAGAACAAGGAGAAGUUUGUGAAGGCUGAAGGUGUGGAAUUGAUGAUUAUUAUCAUGAAUCAGAAGAAAUCCUGCUAUGGAUCGGCUACAAGGGCGUUGGAUUUUGCUAUGACAAAUUAUCCACCUGCUUGUGAGCGAUUUGUGGAUGUAAUGGGAUUAAAGACUGCGUUUCCUGCUUUCAUGGGUAAGAUCCCCAUAAACAGCAAGAACAAGAAGAAACGUUACAAGGAGGAGUUGGAAGAGCGCCUUGUAUCACUAGUUGCCUCGUUAUUUGGUGGAGUUUUGAGGGGUUCUAGAAAGGAAAGAUUAUUAAGUAAAUUUGUUGAGAAUGAGUGUGAAAAGAUUGAUCGACUCAUGGAGCUUUACAUGAGAUAUGCAAAUAGAGUGAAAGCGGAGACAGAGAGAAUGGAUGAACUGGAACUUGAUGAUCUAGAGAUGGAUGAUGACGAAAAGUACAAUAGACGAUUGGAAUCUGGACUUUACACUCUUCAGUUGAUAGCGGUUAUUUUAGGCCAUCUUUGGACAUCCGAGCAUCCGAAAAUGAGUUCAAGAAUUGAAUUACUUCUAAAGCAGAAUAGACUUACGAAAAAGGAUGUCAGGGAUAUACUCCAGGAGUAUCAUGACAACAUUGGCGAUCUAGAAGGGCCAGAAGAAAAGGAGAGAGGACAAUCAAGGAUUCAAAGAUUCGUAACGGCUUUCUCAUAAAAAAAAAGAAAGUGCGGUCUUUUCUCUUGUUCAAUCGCCAUUUGCCGAGUUUGUUAGAAUCAAAAUUAUGUCUUGUUUUUAACAUUGUCAAAGUAGUCAAGAUCUUAAAAAUGCGUUGUAUUUAGUAAGAAUUAUUCCAUCACAACAGGUAUCGAAGCCAAAAAUAUUUAAAUUGUUAUUCAAAAUUUUCAUCAGAUUCAGAAACUGUUGCUGUUUUGGUUUGUGA